AAUGUCAAUUACAACAACUGGACAAAGCACUACACCUCUGCCAACAACCUCAUCUACAGUUCAAACAACAUCUGUUUUGCCAACUUCUACAAGCAAAAGCCACAAUACUGUGACAACAACUGAAACGUCAAUUACAACAACUGGACGAAGCACUAAACUUUUGCCAACAACCUCAUCUACAGUUCAAACAACAUCUGUUUUGCCAACUUCUACAAGCACAAGCCGUGAUGCUGUGACAACAUCUGAAAUGUCAAUUACAACAACUGGACAAAGCACUACACCUCUGCCAACAACCUCAUCUACAGUUCAAACAACAUCUGUUUUGCCAACUUCUACAAGCACAAGCCGUGAUGCUGUGACAACAUCUGAAAUGUCAAUUACAACAACUGGACAAAGCACUACACCUCUGCCAACAACCUCAUCUACAGUUCAAACAACAUCUGUUUUGCCAACUUCUACAAGCACAAGCCGUGAUGCUGUGACAACAUCUGAAAUGUCAAUUACAACAACUGGACAAAGCACUACACCUCUGCCAACAACCUCAUCUACAGUUCAAACAACAUCUAUUUUGCCAACUUCUACAAGCACAAGCCGUGAUGCUGUGACAACAUCUGAAAUGUCAAUUACAACAACUGGACAAAGCACUACACCUCUGCCAACAACCUCAUCUACAGUUCAAAUAACAUCUGUUUUGCCAUCAACUUCUACAAGCACAAGCCGUGAUACUGUGAAAACAUCUGAAAUGUCAAUUACAACAACUGGAAAAAUCCCUAAACUUUUGCCAACAAUCUCAUCUACAGUUCAAACAACAUCUGUUUUGCCAACUUUUACAAAAACAAGCCAAAAUGCUUCAACAACAUCUGAAAUGUCAAUUACAACAACUGGAAAAAGCACUAAACUUUUGCCAACAACCUCAUCUACAGUUCAAACAACAUCUGUUUUGCCAUCAACUUCUACAAGCAAAAGCCAUGAUACUGUGACAACAUCUGAAAUGUCAAUUGCAACAACUAAUAAAGGCACUACACUUUUGCCAACAACCACAUCAACGACUCGAUCAACAACCGUUGUGGCAUCAACAUCCACAAAUACUAUCCCUAUUACAAAAACAACAUCUGAACUGUCAUUUACAACAACUGGACAAAACACUACACUUUCCCCAACAACAACUGCUAAACGAAAUGUGUAUUUGACCACUAAGUCAAAAGAAACGCCAACAAAUACCACCCUAGCAUCUCUAGAUCCUGCAACGGAGAAAGAAGGAUUCAUUUAUAUCAGAUUCAGAAUAGUGAGGACUUUUGUUCCAGACUACAACGAUAAAGUUUCUUCUGCUUAUAAAGCACUGGAAAGAAAUGUAACAACUGAGCUUAAUCGGGGAUACACAAUAAAAUACCCGUAUACAUUUCUGAGAUCGGCUGUCAUCCUUUUUUGGCCUGGCUCAGUGGGGGUAACAUCUCAGCUAAUUUUUAAAAAUCAGAGUGUGGUUCCCAACAUAACAGAUACAUUGGAUACCCUAAAACAAGGGCUUGAUGAAUACAUCAUCUUCUUGAAUGUCAUCAUAUCCAGUAUUUCUGCUGAACCACGAAAUUUCACCACAUCCACCAUUGCUCCGAACACCCCAACAGGUGCAACAACGAUGGUAAGCAGUCAGUUUGCUACAACGAUAUCAUCUGGCAGUGCAGUGCCAAGGAGCAGACUCACUGAAGUGGUCACUUUCCUUCUUUUCAUUCUCAUUAAAAUCAUUUUGAUAGGACUGUAAUAUAUUUCUUUGAUUUUAUAGCUAAUUAAUUUUUGUAAAAUUGUAAUGACUAACUGAAUAUUUGUACAAAUGUGCACAAUACAAUUCUGUAUGAAGUUAUUUAAAAUGUAAUCUAUAUAGAGUUAUAAUAUAAUUGAAUGACUAAAUUCAACAAUAAAUUAAAUGUACUAUAUGUAUUCAUGUAAAAAGAUUUAAAGUUAUAUGUAUUCUUUUCAAUUGACUUGUGAGUUUACUGAUAAUGAUGUCCAAAAUAAAUUAUAGUAACAGUAAAAUAUUAAUAUUGCAAACAGAAACAAUUAUGUUACAUAAGAUUUUUGUAUUUUUUUAAUGUUAACAAUUUACACUGCUGUAAUAUCAAUAGUUCAUUUAGGACUAUCUAUUUUUCUUUUAUGUCAAUGUAUAUGGUACUAUAUACUGUUAAGAUAAUUAUACAAAUAAUUAAACAU